GAGAAAACGGAAGCGAGAAGUGGUUAUUUCAGUAAACGAUGUGGGGAGGCGUUAGAGUGUACAGUGGAAUCUGCCCGGAUCCUGAGUGCCGUACAAAACUUUAUUUUCCAUCUUAUGCUUCCUCGAGCGUAGAAUGUACGGGAUGCGGGCAGCACCACGCGAAAGACAGUCUGUUAAACUUGGAAGAUAUCCUUGAUCCAGACAUUGCUCUUCGAAGUCUUCUGCGUUCAGUCUUACUUGGUCAUACUUCCUCUAAGACAACACCAGAUCUGGUGAAGGUCAAGGGAUAUUCAAACUAUCACUGUAAACUCUUAUCACCGCUAUUAACGUACUAUGGUAUGGACAAACGGACCGGUGAAGGAAGACUAUUGAGUGAAAUGGGACAAGGAGACAUCUUCGACUGCGCUCUGCUGGGCGAUCGCGCAUUUCAAAUUGAGUUGGAACACGUUGAAACUGCAGGCUAUGGAAGGGAUAAUACAGGAUCACAGUCAUAUCUCGAGCAAACGCUACAGGCGAUACAAGUUGUUAAUGACAAUGAAGAACGACUUGUCCCAGUUCAUGUUGAUGGAGACGGUCAUUGUUUAGUUCAUGCCAUCUCUCGCGCUCUUGUUGGAAGAGAAAUCUUCUGGCACGCGCUCAGAGCAAACCUAAAGAGGCAUUUGGCAGCGGAAUUACACAAAUACAAAGGGUUGUUUAGAGACUUUAUCCAUGAUGACGAAUGGAAGGAUAUCAUUGCUGAGGCUGACCCCUAUUUUGAACCCCCUCCAACCUCUGCCGAAGGGCUAGGUUUGAGGAAUAUUCAUCUCUUUGGCCUUGCGAAUGUGCUGCACAGACCUAUCAUUCUCCUUGACAGUGUCACAGGAAUGCAAUCUUGUGGUGAUUACACAGGAAUAUUUCUUCCUGCUUUGAUCCCCGAAGAAUUGUGCAGAAGCAAAGACAAAGUGUUCAACAAACCAUUGGCGGUUGCCUGGAGUAGUCCAGGACGGAACCAUUUCAUUCCACUUGUUGGAAUAAAAGGAAAACCUUUGCCCAAGCUUCCUCAUUGGUUGAUUCCUAAGGCAUGGGGUAUACCUAAUGAGAUGGUUAAGAGGUAUGUUGAAUUUGAUCAAGAGGGUCACUGUUUCAUUGGUGGGGAGCGCUGCCUUCAAGAAAAAUAUAUACAAAGACUGGUUAAAGCUAUGGAUGAACUUUUUGUAAAGAAAAACAAUAUUAGUGCGCAGCUGGUCACUGAAGUCCACCAAUUUGUUUACAAACCAUCUGGAAUGGUGGGUGUUAAACCAGAAAGUGUUACCAUGGCAGCCAAAUCAGCUGUUACUGAUGGUCGACUCCACCGAUGUCUGUCUUGCAAUGCAUUAUGUGAAGUACAUUUUGAUGUUUCCUCUGAUGAUCUUAAACCAGGAGGAGAACUUUAUGAAAUAGCUCUACAAACUCACGGACUCCUUGAGGAAGGACUUAGUUACUCCUUUCCUGCACGUGAACUGGUUUGCCUUUUUGAUGCAGAACGGGACUCAUUGGUGGCAGUUAAACACAAGAAUAUGACUUUGCUGGAUUGCCAUCUAUGUCAUGGCCCUUUGCGCCGAGUGAAGUCAGACGGCAGUGCAGUAUAUGUCAAUGGCGAUCGUACAACAACACCUGUGGAAGGUAACAGUCGCUGUGGGUGUGGAUUCAAACAUUUCUGGAAUGGAAGGGAAUAUGAAAACAUCCCAGAGAGUUUCCCAAUAAGUUUGGAGUGGAAUGGCACAACAGUGAAAGAGACUGUGUUUUGGUUCCAGUAUGAACAAGACCCAUCUCUUAAUUCCAAUGUGUAUGACGUUGCAUCAAAGCUGGUGCAGAAACACUUUCCUGGUGAAUUUGGCAGUGAGAGACUCGUACAGAAAGUAGUGGACAUCAUUUUGCGACAAACGGCAAGAAAGGAAGGAGAAAACAAAGGAGCACGGCCUCUCACCGCUUCACAAAAUACCUCUGGUGCAAACAAUGAUCAAGAUGUAAGCACUGCUAGUUCCUACUCACCAAGUAAGAUUAUUCUAACUGGUGAGAAGAAGAAGACUCUUCAUAAAGAAGAAUUAACCAUGAGUGACACAGAGAGAGUGAUAAAGGCACGUACAGAACACCAUGCUGCUGUCAUGCAGAAGAGAAGAAGUGGAGAAGGAGCCAAGAAAACAGCAACCAAAGAAGCUAAAGUACAAAAACAGCAGACAAGUGUCAAACCUCACCAACCUGCUCAGCAGACAAGCCCUGCCAAAGGCAAUGAGACCCAAACAGCUGUGAAACGAACAGAAAAGAAAGUGCGACUGUCCACAUCAGAUGGAAAACAGAGCAUGUUGACACUUGCCAUGGACACAACUUUCAAACAGCUUCUACUUCUGAUCGAGAAAGAGCUUGGUAUACCUCAAACAGAGCUGCGCAUUAGGUAUGGAUUUCCACCCCGUGAACUGCAGCCUCCAGGAGACGGUCAAGUGGAUGACCCUGUUCCCUUGCAGCAUGGUGACCGUGUGAUGGUGGAACACUUGAAGCCUGUUGUCCCUGAGGAGCACCCUCCUGAUGUUAUCAUGUCAGAACUGAAAACCGAGGGGGGUGAGGGAAUUACACCUGUGACAAGAGAGCUUGGGGCAGAAGGAAAUAGUAGCCAACAGGAACAAGCUGAAAACAAAGCUGCCAUGGCAUCAGCCCUUGUGGCUCUUGGUACACUUACUGGUAGUGAUAUGUGGGAAGCAGCACAGAAUUGUUAUGAAAUGUUUGACAAAGGAGGGGUUUUUUACAACAGGGUCGUCAAUAAGCUGGGUCAACUAAAGCCAAAUCAACAUUGUACUUUACCUUUCUUUCCAAAUAAGGUGUUUGCUUACAAUGCUGAAAAAGAUCGACUGGACCUGUGUCUUGGUAAAAGGCACAUCCAAGUUCAACCACUGGACGACGAAACAUUAUUGCAAGCUCACACUCGCUCAAGUCCAGCAGCACCUGUAGAGGAAAGGAGCGGUAGUAGUGGUGCAGGUGGGAAAGGUCUGUCCAGCGAGGCAAGCUUUAGUGGUGCCAUUGCACCAAGGGAGACAUCUCAUGCUCGAAUGGCAUUUUCAGGCCAAGGAAGGACUCUUGCUGGAGCCCAACCAGCUCAAAAACAAACUGUCGAGACAUCUCCAUCAAGGAUCCCGUUGACUAACCCCAGAUCUUCGCAGACAAGCACAUUCAGCUCUGAUGCUGUGUUCGAGCAACAACAGCUGCGACCCGGGCAAGGGGAGAAUGUUAAAGGUGUGAAAGAAGAAACAAAUCUUCCUAAUGAGGCCAUGGACACCCAGGGAGGUGUGGUAAAGGAGGAAGGUGUACAAGAAAUGCUUGUGGAGAGUCCUGCUGCAGGGCAGGAUGCUGUCGAUGUGGAUCAGCCACAGGUGGAACUGGAACCCACGACACAGCCAAGGGCUGAUGGAAGUGUUGAGAUAGCGGUGGUGAGCAUGGCGUUACCGAAAACAGAUGAAGUGCGCGAGACGGUAGAGGAAGCGGAAAUGACGCGCGUGACAGCUGAUGAAACAGAGGCGGCACGCAUUACAGAGGAGGAGAACGAAGAUAUGGAAACAAAUCAAGAUGUAAGUCACAUUGAAAACGACCAAAGUAACAUUGAGAAUAGGGUUGAUAAUGUCAAUGAUCCCACUAAUGACUCAGCAAACAUUUCGGGGCAAGGAGAGGACUCCAAACUUACAGAAUCUGUUUCUGAAUCAAUGGAAACUGAUCACUUUGACUCAGAGAAAUAUUGCGUGACUAACCAAGGCACGACAGCUACGUCAGAUAAAGCACAAGGCGAGGAGGAAAUCAGACAUUCAGAGCAAGAUGACGCAAAAAUUGACCCCAUGAGUCCUGAGCCUAGCGACGUCACAAUGGUGCGUGCAUCGGUUGCCACGGAGAUCGAGACAUUGAGAGAAAAUAUUGACACAAGGUUUGUAUCGACACCUGAUGUGGCAGACAGUGACACACCUCAAGCUGCCCAGGCAUUGAAAGUUCCACCAUUUAUUGCGCCAAAUCAACCAACAGAUAGUAUGCAAGGUGAAACAUCAGUCGCGAUGAACAGUGAAACAGCUGCCGGGAAAGAUGGUAUUGAAGCUUCAAUGCAAGAGCAAAACUCUUCGAACGAUCAAGGAGUGGCUGCUAACCUUGCAGCAGAUACUUAAGUAGAAAAAUAACUUAGAUUGUUUGUUAUGAUAGUAAAAUAGAACAGCAGGAGUUCCCUUGGAAAGGAUGAGCAUUCCCGCUUAGAACUAAAAGCUCUUGGCUAAAGAAGUUAGAGCCAGAUUUCUUAAAACGAGACCUAUAAGGUAGGGUAGAAAUCCUGAAAAAGUAGCUUUCAGUUCUUUGAAUUUGCCGCGACUCUUCACUUGUCUUUGCCACUUUGCAAAAGCUUUUUCUUCUGCUCAUCUCCUUUAGGAGUGUGAUUUUUUUGCCAGGUUCAUCUCCACAAUGCUGUGUAGAUGCCUUUACACGUUCAUGUACAUGUAUACUACACACUGCUGAAUUAUUGCAUUAAUAUCAUAGGUGACAAAUUACUCCUUAGUUUUGGCGCGAAAUUUCAGCGUUAAUUUUUAAUUUCACAUG